AUUUGACCCAACUGCCAUUAAAACAAGGGAUUAAGGCCAACAAAUUCUUUUGGUUUUUCGGAAUCACUUUUUAGUACGUUCUUGCAAUAGAAUUAAUUAAUUAGGAAAACUGUUUCUUCAUUUUAAUUUACAGUUUUUCCAAUGGGAAUCAUUGACUUAAGGGUGCUAAGUUCCUCAAUUGCGGUGGCAUGGCUGGUGCUCUUGGGAGGAGGGUUUGAUUUAUUAAUUGGUGUAAAUGGUGAAUUUGACUACGGAGAUGCCCUUACCAAGUCCAUUAUUUUCUUGGAGGCACAGAGAUCUGGAAAGCUUCCUGCAAACCAUAGACCUUCUUGGAGAGGAGAUUCUGCUCUUCAAGAUGGCAAACUUGCAAAUGUGGACCUUGUGGGGGGAUACUAUGAUGCAGGAGAUAACGUCAAGUAUGGGCUACCAAUGGCUUUCACAGUUACAACACUGUCUUGGGGUGCCAUCUCUUAUCAAUCUGAGCUGAAAUCGACAGGAGAGCUGGAAAAUGUUAGGGCUGCAAUCAGAUGGGGCACUGAUUAUUUGCUCAAAGCCAGUUCUAAACAUAACCGCUUGUAUGUCCAGGUAGGAGAUCCAGAAAAAGAUCAUCAGUGCUGGAUGCGGCCCGAAAACAUGAAAACACCAAGAAGUGUUUUACAAAUUGACCAGAGUAACCCUGGAACUGAGAUUGCAGCCGAAACUAGUGCAGCAAUGGCUGCUUCUUCAAUCGUCUUUAGACGCUUUGAUCAACCGUAUGCUCACCAGCUCCUUAACAAAGCCAAACUGCUUUUUGAGUUUGCCAAAGCACAUAAAGGGACUUAUGAUGGUGAAUGCCCAUUCUACUGUUCUUACUCGGGCUAUCAUGACGAGCUGAUGUGGGCUGCAACAUGGCUAUACAUAGCCAGCAGGAAGGCCACAUAUUUGAACUACAUAGAGGAGGAAUCAAUCAGUGCUAAGGUUGCCGAGUUUAGCUGGGACCUUAAAUAUGCUGGUGCCCAAAUCCUACUUUCAAAAUUGUACUGGGAAGGGCACAAGAGUUUAGAGGCCUACAAGCAUCAGGCUGACAGUUUCAUAUGCUCUGUGCUUCCUGAUAGUCCCUACCAUCAGGUUUUCAUCUCUGCAGGUGGAUUGGUUCACUUAAGAGAUGGGGCCAACACGCAAUACGCUACGAGCACAGCAUUCCUAUUCAGUAUCUAUAGUGAUCUGUUGGCCAAACACAAUCAACAGGUUACCUGCGGCAACAAACGCUUUGAUUCUGCUCAAGUCAUGGCUUUCGCCAAGCAACAGAUGGAUUAUCUACUGGGAAAGAACCCUAGAGACAGGUCAUACAUGGUCGGAUUCGGGCAAAACCCACCUAAACAAGCCCACCACAGAGGUGCUUCCGUACCAAAGUUGUCCGCAACCAACAUUGACGCAGUGAACUGCCCUAUGAGCUUUGUUAACUGGUACAAUAAGAAUACACCAAACCCUAAUGAGCUCACCGGCGCCAUUGUCGGUGGGCCUGAUCGAUAUGACAACUUUCAAGACCUGCGUUCGGAGUCAGCCAUGACGGAGCCCACUACUUACACUAAUUCACUGGCCAUAGGUGCCCUCGCAAAGCUCGCUGCGACACAGACACAUCCCCAUACCUCAAGUCAGUGAUC